AUGGACUGGCACUUCGGAACAGCUGCUAUGCUGUUCGUUUUUCUGGUGUUGGUAGAAGUUAACAGUGAAUUUCGAAUCCAGAUAAGAGAUUAUAAUGCUAAAAAUGGCACCAUCAAAUGGCAUUCAAUCAGAAGGCAAAAACGUGAAUGGAUCAAGUUUGCUGCGGCCUGUCGAGAAGGUGAAGAUAACUCAAAGAGAAACCCAAUUGCCAAAAUUCACUCAGAUUGUGCUGCAAACCAGAAAGUUACAUAUCGCAUCUCUGGAGUAGGAAUUGAUCAACCACCUUAUGGAAUCUUUGUUAUAAAUCAAAAAACUGGUGAAAUUAAUAUAACAUCCAUAGUUGAUCGCGAGGUCACUCCUUUUUUCAUUAUCUAUUGUCGGGCUCUGAAUUCAAUGGGCCAAGAUUUAGAGAGGCCACUUGAGCUCAGAGUCCGGGUUUUGGACAUAAAUGACAAUCCCCCAGUGUUUUCUAUGUCUACAUUUUUAGGACAAAUAGAAGAAAAUUCUAAUGCAAAUACACUGGUGAUGACACUAAAUGCUACUGAUGCAGAUGAACCAAAUAAUUUGAACUCAAAAAUAGCCUUCAAGAUCAUAAGACAGGAACCUUCCGACUCACCGAUGUUUAUUAUCAACAGAUACACUGGAGAAAUUCGAACAAUGAAUAAUUUUCUAGACAGAGAGCAAUACGGCCAGUAUGCUCUUGCCGUAAGAGGCUCAGACCGAGAUGGCGGGGCAGAUGGCAUGUCAGCAGAGUGUGAAUGCAGCAUUAAAAUUCUCGACGUCAAUGAUAACAUCCCAUAUAUGGAACUGUCUUCAAAUUCAGUAAGCAUUAAAGAAAACUCUCUAAAUUCAGAACUGCUCCAGAUCAGAGUGAUUGAUUUGGAUGAGGAGUACUCAGCUAACUGGAUGGGAGAAAUUUUCUUCAUCUCUGGAAAUGAGGGAAAUUGGUUUGAAAUAGAAAUGAAUGAAAGAACAAAUAUGGGAAUUUUAAAGGUUGUUAAGCCCCUAGAUUAUGAAGAGAUGCAGAAUCUGCAACUUAGUAUUGCUGUUAGAAACAAAGCUGAAUUCCAUCAUUCAAUUAUGUCUCAAUAUAAACUCACAGCAAGUGCAAUCUCAGUGGCAGUGGAAAAUGAAGUGGAAGGUUCAGUGUUUCGUCCAGGUUCAAAGACAUAUGUUGUAACUAGUAAUAUGGGGCAAAAUUAUAGAGUGGGAGACUUCGUAGCUACUGACCUGGACACUGGUCUACCUUCAACAACUGUCAGAUAUGUAAUGGGAAGUAAUCCAGGCAACUUGAUAGCUAUUGACUCAAGAACAGGUGUAAUUACUUUGGUAAAUAAAGUCACUCAGAAACAGUAUGAUAUGCUUGGGGGAAAAUACCAAGGAACAAUUCUAUCUAUAGAUGAUGCUUCUCAAAGAACUUGUACUGGUACAAUUGUUAUUGCACUUGAUGGUUCUGGCUGGGAAAGGAAUGGUAAUGGUGGUGGUCCUGCCACCGAUUCCAAUCCAAUUACUGAUGUUGAUACCAGUACUGUACCAGGAAGUAAUGAGCCUGUUGUGGGCAUCACAACUGAAACAAAUACACAUGAAGAAAAGGACAAACCAGUCUCCCAUGACCUACCAAGGCAAAAUCCUGAAGAUAAUGUACAUUUUGGUCCUGCUGGCAUUGGACUACUCAUCAUGGGAUUCUUGGUCCUAGGAUUGGUUCCAUUUUUGUUGAUCUGCUGUGAUUGUGGAGGUGCCCCUGGUGUUGGAGCCGGUUUUGAGCCUGUUCCAGAAUGUUCAGAUGGAGCAAUGCAUUCGUGGGCAGUAGAAGGACCGCAGCCUGAACUCAGAGACAUGACCACAGUCUGUGUGCCACAGAUACUACCUGAUAAUGCAAAUAUAAUUGAAUGUGUUGACAAUACAGGAGUUUAUACAAAUGAGUACUGUGGCAGAGAAAUGCAAGAUCUAGGAGGAGGAGAAAGAACAUCAGGAUUUGAAGUAACAAAUGGAGUUAAAACAUCUGGAGCACCUGAGAUAUGCCAAGAAUAUUCUGGAACAUUAAGAAGAAAUUCUAUGAGGGAAUGUAGAGAAGGAGGUCUGAAUAUGAAUUUCAUGGAAAGCUAUUUCUGUCAGAAAGCAUAUGCUUAUGCAGAUGAAGACGAAGGUCGCCCAUCCAAUGACUGUUUGCUCAUAUAUGAUAUUGAAGGGGUAGGUUCCCCUGCUGGCUCCGUGGGUUGUUGUAGCUUCAUUGGAGAAGACUUAGAUGACAGCUUCUUGGAUACAUUGGGCCCUAAAUUUAAGAAACUGGCAGAUAUCACUCUGGGAAAAGAUGUUGAACCCUAUCCAGACCUUGAUCCUUCAUGGCCACCUGAGAGUACUGAACCCAUUUGCCCUCAGCAGGGAAUAGAGCCCAUUAUUGGUGGACACCCACCAAUCUCACCACAUUUUGGUACUACCACAGUGAUUUCUGAGAGCACCUAUCCCUCGGGACCUGGGGUGCAGCAUCCCAUGCCUAUUCCUGAUCCUCUGGGCUAUGGCAAUGCCACCGUGAAGGAGUCUUACACCACCUCUGGCACUCUGAAGCCCUCUGUCCAUGUCCAUGAUAAUCGACAUGCCUCAAAUGUGGUGGUGACAGAGAGAGUGGUCGGCCCAAUUUCUGGGGCUGAUUUUCAUGGAAUAUUAGAUAUGCCUGAUCUGAGAGAUGGGUCAAAUGUUAUCGUAACAGAAAGGGUAAUAGCACCAAGUUCAAGUCUACCUGUCUCUUUGACCAUCCCUGAUCCUAGAGAGGCUUCAAAUGUGGUAGUGACCGAAAGAGUAAUCAGACCAACUUCCAGCAUGAUGGGCACUCUGGGGAUGCACCCUGAGUUAUCAAAUGCUCACAAUGUGAUUGUGACAGAGAGGGUCGUUUCUGGUUCUGGCACAGCUGGGAUAAGCGGAGGCAGUAGUGGCCUGGUUGGCCUUAGUGCUGGAGGUGGGGGCCUGAGUGGAGCUGGAGUGAGUGGAGGUGGCAUGGGGUUAAGCAUGGGUGGAGGUGGGGGCCUCAGUAGUAGCAUGGGUGGGACUGCCACCAUUGGCCAUGUGAGGAGCUCCUCUGACCAUCACUUUAGCCAAACCCUUGGAUCUGCCUCGCCUAGCACAACUCGAAGUAGGAUCACAAAGUACAGCACAGUGCAAUACACCAAGUAG